GAGCAUGUGCAGAGCGCCGAUCUGCGCGGUUGCGGCGUGUGUCACCGAGGCGGCCCUUCACGUGUCCGCGCUCACAAGACGCCGCGCCGUGCGGAAAGGGUAUUUCACGCGCGCCUCGGCCGCAGCGCCGCAUUUGGCUGGCUCGCGAAGGCUGCGCAGCAAGCCUCGGAUUCCCAGCCGCGCCAUCUGGCUGCUCUCCCCGCUCCCGCCGCCGCCGCCGCCGCCUCCACGCCUGUGAAGAGACCCAGCAGCAGCAGCCGCCGCCCGUCACCUCCGUGCCCGGAGAGGAGAGAGAGAGAGAGAGAAGGGACGCGCCCCAUGUUGGUGCCCAAGAUGCGGCUGGCCUUUGCGCUGUGCGCGCUGGCCGUGGCCUUCCCGGGCUUGGCCCAGGCCAGGGUGGUGGGCCCGGAGGAAGCGGGCUUUGCGGAGUGCGACGGCUUCUUCCUGGCCCAGCCCCCCCCCGAGGGGCUGCCCGGGCCGCCUUCGCACGUGAAAAUCUGCCAGAAGUACAAGCAGGAGCCGCGCUUCGCCACCCUCUACAGCACGCAGGACAAGAUCCCUCUCUAUGCGGCGUUCAAGUACACCGAGGCGGCUCCGAGCGGGGAGGAGAACUGGCUGGUGGCAGCGCAGAUAGAUGACCCUAAAAAUGGCCAGGAAAGCAUGAUGCCAGAAGCGGAGAUCACAGGUUCAGUGGAGAAUUUGGGGGAAAACCAGGCCCUCAUGGCAGACUACAAGGAUUCCGGCUAUGAGAUCCAACAAUUGAACCCCAGCUCUCUUCAUAAGGGCGAUCACCAGGCAGCCACAUACACGCUGACCAACGCCAUCCCGGUGCCCUCAGAUGUCCGGGAAACUUGGGACUGGGAAGUCAAUAACCUAAUAAGCCGAGCUCUGGCACCUCACUGUGAAAAAGGGAAAGACCUCUAUCUCCUCUCGGGAGCAGUUCCUUCUUCUGUCAAAGUCAAAGACAAGGUUUCCGUCCCCGAGUCUCUCUGGAUGGCGGCCUGCUGCGACGACGGCUCCAAGUCCUGGUCUACGGCGUUUGCGAAACAGGUGGCUGCUGGGAGCCGCCUGAAAGAGCUGCCCUUGAAAGAGCUUGAAGAACAGCUUUCGUCUGGGGCCCAGUUGUUCAAGGACCACUGCAGCCAGGAGAGGAACGACCCGAAGGCGCAGGAGGCGGUGCAGCAUUCUGCCAAGGAGAUCGAGGGCGAGGAGGCGCAAGUGAAAAAGACCCCUUCGUCGUCGCAGCACACAGCCGAAACAAAAGAAGAGAGCGGCUUUUUGAAAAAGCUGUGUGGCUUCUUCAUCACUCCCAUCUUCAAGGUGCUGCAGUACGUUUGCAGCUUCAUUUGUCAGCUAGUCAAGUUGAUUGCCAGUAUUGUGUGUCAGGCCGUUCAGAAUCUCGUCCAGGCGGUGUGCACGUUCCUCAAAGGAAUCUGUGGCGCGUUGAUGAGCGUCUUCGUCAGCCUGGCGCAGGCGAUCCUCUGCAUCCUGAACGGCAUCGCGUCGAACAUCUACAACGUUCUGAUGCUCAUAUACCGCCUGCUCAGCAUCCCUCUUAAUCUGAUCGUGGAUAUUUUGUGCUUCCCUUUCUACACCUUGGGUGCCAUUCCCCGCGUCCUCCAUGACAUCGCUUCGGGCUUUGGCGGGUUGUUUUUACUGAUCAUCGACGCCAUCACCAACUUUGCCAAGGGCCUGAGUUACAUUGCUUCGUUUAUACUCGGAAGGUUUUUGCCUAAACAAUCUUCCGAACUCUAAACAGGGGCCGAAUGGGAAACCGAGCCGCAAAAGAACAACAAUACCAAAGCAAUAUUUCCCCCCCUGAUACGUUCCUAAUCUCUGGCUGCUCCUGUAUGUAUUUAUUGUGGUGACACUGAACAGUGAUGAACCAAUGUUCUGGUAACAUGGGUGAGCUACUUGACCCUGGAUGGGGAAUUUUACGGAAAUUAAAGGUCUACUUACGCA